GUGGCGGGGUGGAACUCCACCCACCCCGCCUGCGUGGCGUUACGAUCCAAGUGAUCUUCGCGCGUUCAGUAAAUGGAUGAGGAAAGUGCAGAUUUGGCAAGUUCAAAUUGCACAUUAUAUGACCAAGCGCGAGGCCGCGUUGCUCCUCUACACUUCGCUCACAGGAGAAGCAGAAGCCGAAUUAGAACAUGUUCCUCUUGAGAAGAUCAACUGUGAUUCGGGGGUGGAGUUCAUAUUGGAGUCACUCCGAGAACCUAUGGCCCAAAAGACAGUGUAUCAAAAACGCAAAUAUUUGGCCGACUUCGAAAGCAUCAGCCGUUAUCCCAACGAAGGCCUCAGGACUUACGCAAACCGUUACAGGAGGAUCGAGCGGUCACUUGAAGCAUUGGGGGUUCAGAUCACCGGCAUGUAUGAUGAUGAGAGCCGCGGGAAUAGGUUGCUGGAGCGGGCCCGACUGAGCCAGGCUGAUCAACGAUUGGUUCUGGUGGGGUCCCGGUACUCACUUUCAUUCGAGGAUGUGAUGGAGUCCAUGACCAUGCAAUACCCAGAUUUCAGGGCAGCUCCUCCCGUGAUGGGCCGGGAUGGUCAAGUGGUCAGCCGCGGCGCCAAGGACGGGAAGGGCGCGAAAUCCCCGGGCACACCAGGACCUCCGACCUCGGCUCCUUCAAGGCACCACGUUCCCGGCCAAGGCAAGGGUGGCUAUCCUCCGAAGCGCGUGUUCGUCACCGAGACCGGCGAGCUCGGCGAGCCAGAGGCCAACAAUCACGAUAUCGAGCAGGACUUUGAGGCCAUCCCCGAGGGCGAUGAAGAAGACGACCAAGGUGGAGACCCAGACAACCAUGACGACGGAGACAAUGCCGACGACGGCCCAGAGGGGCUGGAGGACUUAGCCCGCGUCCUCACGGUGACUGCUCGUCGUUUGGCGAGCGCACGUCUUGGACGGAAGUACAGCGGUGGCAAAACCUCCCCGGCAGAGCUCAAAAAACGAACAACAUGUGCCGUUUGCGGGGAAGUAGGACACUGGAAGGGGGAUCCAGAGUGCAAGGUUAGCGGUGGCGGCAAGGGUGUUCCAACCUCGAAACCACCCCCUGGCAAAGGCGCUGCUGGCCCAACACAGCCGGCAUCAUCAUCCAAGGGCGGCGGCAAACAAGGCAAGGGUCCAUCUCAUCAAGCGUUGACCGUGACCCACAGCGAUCUCGGCAGCUAUGAGGUGUAUUCCACGGAGUUCGGCCAAGCAUUCCAGGACCCGGCCUACCAGGUGAGCGUCGUGUUUUCAGCACAGAUGGUGCCAGCACUUGGGUCACAGUAUGUUGGCUACAUGGUUCUUGCCAACGAACUUGUUGCGGCAGGUGUCCUCAACGCAGACGUGCCGCUUCUCGCCAGCAACGUGUUGCUCAAGGCCUUGGGGAUGAUGCUCACUGCGCCACCGCCCUCACUUGCAGCAUGGAAGCGGAUCGUGCGCGGGAUUCGGAACUUCAAGAUUCAUUUGUACAUGAUCAUGGUCAGGGCAGCAAGGCUCGGGGUAUGGGAUCGUCAGUGGCUCUUAGAGGCCACGCCACCGCGCCUCGACCCACAGUUUCAAGUCAGCCAAGCAACAUGCCGGCAUGCAGAGAUACAGCGGUACGGGAAUGCCACGGGCCGGUACAGCCGUUGCAAACAAUGCGGAAAGAGAUGGCAGUGGGACACAGAUCAAGAAAAAUGGGUUCACAAGCCCUACGUCGCAUCUUCACGCUCAUCGGCACUGCCAUUGCCCUCAUCGGGCAAUACCCUGGAGGCACCGGCUCGGGCUCCACUCCAUUCUUCGACUUCCCUGAGGGCGGGCCAAGACGAGCACGCGACGACCUUCGGCGACAUCGGCUGCGACUUCGAGCUUCGCGCCUCCCUCCAGGACGAGACGCUCCCAGGACCACGAGAUCGACCAUUGGGCGCUGAUCCACAACACCGAGCCCAUGGACCACGAGGAGAUCGAGCAGACCUACCUUUGGGAGGACGAAGAAGAUUGACUGGGGACCUCGAGCGGACCACCAAGAUCUAUGAGGCCGAGCUCGACGUUUACAGGACUUUGCCUACGACCUCACAACGACCACCGCCUUCCGUGGACAUCCUGGAGAUCUUCGCCGGCGAGGCAAAACCAUCGGCACGUGCAUCAAGGUUUGGUCUCAACGCGUGCCAGCCCUUCGACUUGAACUUCGGUUGGGACCUUAGCCAACCAGACCAGCAGCGGAUGAUAAUGAAUUUCGUUCGCCGACUGCGACCUUGGGCUAUCAUCAUCGGCUACCCGGGGACCCUCUACAGCACCGAGAUGGCAUCGCUCCUUGACCUGCCCGGUGUCACAACAACCACGGCCCACUUUGGAGCCUUCGGCGCCGAGACUGCGGACGGCCAGCCCAUCAAGCAACCUCUCGGCUACGACCCAAAGGUCUACCCGGAUGCCUUCGUGGACCAGCUCCUUACCUCUAUCAAGGGUUGGAUUGCACAACAUGAACCACAACGUUUCGGCUACUUUACGGUGUACGCCCUCUCACGGCCUACUGUGGACGCUGCUGCCUGGGACAACGCGUUCAAACAGGUGGAGAAAAGCUUCGUUGGCAGCAACCGGCGGCCCUACAUCGUCGACCCCGACUCCACAUUCGGCAAGGAGAUCCAAGACCUCUUCAGGAUGGAUGCGGUGAGACAACCGAAAGGCCGAUUCAGUAAGCCAGUGCAGUUUGCAGUUUUCAUCUAUGGCUCCUCGCGACAAUCAGAUGAACUUCAUCAAUCAACACAAGUGGACCCAGGACCAGAGGUUCCGAUUGGCGGCCUCCCUACCGACGUGACCUUCCCAGGCUGCGACAAGAUACCGAUUUCAGUCCGGAGAUCGGUGGCGCGACUUCAUGUGAAUUUGGGGCAUCCCAGCGCCCAAGAGCUCAACCGAUUGUUGUGCCACCGUGGAGUUCCGAGCGCUGGCGUCCAGGAGUGUGUGCGGAAACUCAGUUGUGCUACCUGCAAGAGACUUGCGGGUCCCCAGCAGCCGCGACCCUCUUCGACAUGGAGCCUACAAGCUGGACAGUUUGGCGAUCUUGUUCAGGGUGAUUUCUUUUGGGUGAGGCUGUUGAGCGGGGCAUCAGUUCAAGUGCUCGGAUUGGCCGACACAGCAACCGGCUACCACCAAGCAGCUAUCCUUCGGAACAAGUCGGCCAGGGAAGCAUACAAUUUGUUGCAUUCCGCUUGGCUGCGCCCUUACGGUCUUCCAGUUCGCCUCCUUCUCGACCCGGACCCCUUGUUCCAAGGCGGGCUUGAGGAGCUACUGAGCACCGUGAACGUGAAUUGCGAGUACUGUCCGGCAGAAGCACACUGGGUGAUUGGAACAGUCGAGAGACGCAACUGCGUGUUGCGUGCAGUCCUGGAGAAACUUAUCAAUGAUCAUGCUGUGGAUGACCUUGACCGAUUGGACUACGUCCUCACCGGAGCCCUUCAUGCCAUGAACUCCUUUGUGACCGUGAAGGGAAGGAGCCCCUACCAGGCAGUUUACGGCAGGGUUCCAAGGAUUCCGGGCGGCCUCUUGACCGAUGAGGGCUCCCUCGCGCAGUCAGUUUCUGAUCCUGGCUUGGCGGCAGAACGAGUCCGCGCUGAAGCGGUGACCCACUUGGCCGCCAUGAACGUGGACCAGGGGCUCAAAAGGGCGAUACUGCGCAAGACUGCCAACACGAAAAUACCGGAUCUUCAACCUGGACAGAGAGUCGCUUUCUGGUGGUGGAGGCGGCGAGGGCUUCGUAAAAGAGGCGCCUGGACAACGGGCCGCUUCUUGGCCUACGAUCCAUCUUAUCCAGGUAAGCAAUGCUGGAUACGUUCCGGCAACAGCACCAUCCUGGUGGCGAUGGAGCAAGUGCGCAAGGCGGUGGGCUUCGAGGAUUGGUGUCCAGACGAACAAGACAUACAGUGCCUGAAAGACUCCACCGUCGACCUCAAGGAGAGCGUCUUCCAAGAUCUUCGAGGACCACAGCCUACUGAGGACCUACCGGACGCCCUCUACGACCUCGAAGAGAUGCAGCUGGAGACAGGACCUACUUCGCAGGCCAUUGGAGCAGGUCGCCAGCACCGCCACCACGAGAACUACCGCAACCUCCUGAACUUCCUCAGUUACCCGCGGGCGCCUCCUUUGACGAGAACCUACGCACGGCGGCGUUUGACAGCGCAGAGUACGGCAGCGCUGCCUACCUCGACGAGACCGCCGAGCAGGAGUCAGACCAACUACAACAACCGCAGACUUCUGUACUACCUGGUGGUCACGAACCUCAAGAACCACAACCGUCACAGCAGCUACAAGAACCUCAGCGUACAGGACCUGAACUACUACCAGCACCUGCUUCAGAGGCACCUUUGGCUACUUCGGUUACAGGGUCAGCACCAGCAGCAAGUUCAGACCAGCUACAACAACCACAGACUUCUGUACUACCUGGUGAAUAGCUCCCAAGCGGCAUCACUUCCAGAGCCACCACCUACACUUCCUCAGAAACGUCCUUUUGACUCCCUGACGACACUUUUGGCAGACGGCUCUGAGGUCCACCGCGUACCACCUGGCGAAGACUACCUCACUGGCGUCUUUGGUCCAAAGCGUGAGCCCUUCUACCAGGCUUACUUACAAAGCGACUUCAGGGAGGCAGACGUUCCUGUUGGCAAGAACCCUCGUGAGAGUGACACCUCUGACUCCGACGGCGAGACCGGGCCACAGGCAGGAGCAAGACUCUCCCGCAAGGACGCCAAGCAACUGGAUCGAGAGAUUCCCUGGACCACCAUUAUCAAGGGCGCCAAUGUGCCUGACUACCUCGCGGCAAUCGACAAGGAGGCCAAGUCCUGGCAAGAAUGGCAAAGCGUCGAGGCCCUCAGCCACGAAGAGGCACACAGACUGCAGAGCACGUUGCCUUCAUGA